AACCAUAUGGAAAACCAGAGAACCUUCUCGCGUGAACCGAAAGCCUCUCUCUCUCUUUCUUUCUUUGGGGUUUUGAUUUUUUCAUCACCGCCUCUUCACUUUCCCCAAUUUCCAAACCCUAACCCUAAUUUCACCCCUUUCAAACCCUAAUCCUAAUUCCACCAUGUCAUACUCUCCCCGAUCUCCAAACCCCAACCAAUCCGACGAGAAUCGCCGCCUCUACAACCCCUACCAAGACCUCAACAUCCCAGCCCAAACCCUAUACAAGCUCCCCACCUCACCGGAAUACCUCUUCCAAGAAGAAUCCAUCGCUCAACGCCGCUCAUGGGGAGAAAACCUAACCUACUACACCGGCAUCGGCUACCUCGGCGGCGCAAUCAUCGGCGCCGGAAAAGGAUUAACCGAAGGCGUCAAGGCGUUCGAACCGGCCGACAGUAAGAAGAUCAAGGUGAAUCGGAUCCUGAAUUCGUGUGGAAAGUUUGGGGGAAAGUACGGGAAUCAUGCCGGAAUUAUUGGAUUAUUGUAUGCAGGUAUGGAGAGUGGGAUGGUGGCGGUUAGAGAUACGGAUGAUAUUAUUAAUAGUGUGGUGGCAGGGUUGGGGACUGGUGCGUUGUAUAAGGCGGCGGCGGGGCCGAGGUCGGCGGCGGUGGCCGGAGCGAUUGGUGGACUUGCGGUGGGAGUGGCGGUUACAGGGAAGCAGGUUUUGAAGAGAUACGUGCCGAUUUGAGGUCGGUUGUGUUCGGUAUUGGUUAAUUUGAAGUUUUGAUCAUUUAUCUGAUGAGACUUUUAUAAAAUGAAUUGUUUGUAGUGUUUUACGAUAUUGAUGAUUGACAUAUAUUUCUUUUGGCUUGGCAAUACACUUGAUCCCCUUUGUUUUGUGUACUGUGUAUCGGUAUGUUGAAGGGUUUAGUGGCGAAUAAAUUUGUGUUGCCGUUGAUGUGAAA